AUGACUCCCCUGGAGAAUCAAGCACUGCGUGGGCUGACCCCCCAAAGGGCGGCCAAGCGCCAUGAGCUCAAUGCCCCACCCGAUCCGGGUCCCGGUCUGGUCAGCUGGGCCAAUGAGGUGUCUGGGCAGGACAACGGACACCUCAAGACCUCCACACCGGACAAGCCCAAGCACGCCCUGGCCGUUGAUGAGUUGGCGCUCAGCCUGGAGGAGGCGGCUCGGAUAGUGGAGACCACUUCCUCCUCGGAGGCCGAGUCUUCGGCCGAGGGCCUGCCUCUCGGGUCCAUGCCGCGAUCGACCAAACACCCACGCGCGACCUACCCCUCCCGGGCGGAGGCGCCCCAGGGGGAGAACGGCCACGCCCCCUUGGGCCCGGGCGGCACGGCCCGGGCUCGCGAGUCCCAGCGCGGGCGGGAAUUUCUCCUACCGCCAGCUCGGAUCCCGGUGGGCGCCGGUGGCCCGACCCCCGGCAGUGAGGCCGCCCAUGCCACGGCCACCGGCAAGCACCACGGCGGGGAGAGCUUCUUGCACGAUGUGCGCCUGAAUCCGGUGGAGAAUUUCCGCCUCCGGCAGCGAAUCUCCCGGUCCAUGAUGCACGAGCUCCGGGCCGCCUGCGCGACGCUGCAACUGCUGAAGAGCGUCUGGUCCAAGCGCGUGCUGCCCAUGCUGAUGACCCUGCAGCCGGAGACACCGGCCGAGCGGGAAACCGUCAGGACCUUGCGCUUCCUCUGGCUGGACGACUACAUCGAGUCCAUCGAGCUCAUGUACCAGCGAGUGGCGCGGGUGCAGGAGAAGACCCGCGCCAACAAGGAAAACAUCCGCCGCGCGCUCAAGCGCAUGGAAGAGCGGAUGAGGGACUCGGGCCCGGGGUCCGGGGUCGAGCCCGGGGCCGGCGGGGCCGCAGGCACGUCGCUGCCGGCCAGCGACCAGGCCAUGCAGGAGAAGCACCUGACGGCCUGGAAGUUUGUCAUGCCGCUCGGGACCGACGCCACGGCCCACCUGCUGCCGCUGAUCCCGACGCUGGAACGGGCAUACAUGGAGUACUUCACGGCGCGCACCAACUUCCUGACCUACCGGUCCGAGCGCAUCAUCAUCCCGGUCAGCAGUUCCAUCAUCGCGGCCGAGGCGGAGAUCGCGUCCAUGCUGUCGCAGGCCAGCCGGCCCUUCAAUGUGGCCUUCUCCGUGGCCAAUGCCGAGCGCCUGGUCGAUUCGGUGGUCGAGUGCCUUGCCUUCACCACGUCCGGGUCUUUCCUCAGCCGGGUGCUGAUGCUGCCCCAGUACCGGCUGGUGCGGAUGCACCAGUACGCGCGGUUCCUGGUGCAAUUGACCCCGGCCGUCACCUCGCCGGCGUGUGCCUGGCGCGACCGGCUCCUGCUGCUGAUCACUCGGUUUGCCCCUCAGGAUGAGCUCUUCCGGCAGUACCUGGUGACGCUCGACCAGCCGACCAGCCCGUCGUCGGAGAACCUGCUCGACCGCCGGGAGCUCCAGCAAAUGGCCUCGGCCUGCAUGCUGGAUUCGCCGACACUGGACCGGCCGCCCAAGUCCGACGCCGGGCCCGACGCCGGCUGGCAGGGCCCGGCUGGCCAGGCCAGUGUCAGCAAGAGCUCCAGCCCCGGGGCCUCCUUCCGGAGUGUCAACAACACCAGCGCGGACACCUUCCUCGAUGACGAGGAUGACGACGAGGAGGAGGGCGCCCUGGCCCGGGCCGAUGGCAGCCCGCUGGCGCUGAUCCCCGGAGUGGCACGGGCCGCGGCCAAUGUGGCCGACUUGCGCUUCAUCCGGAAGAAGCUGCGGCAAUUUGACCAGGGCAUCGGGCAGUUUGCCAAAUCCGUGGAGGGUGCCAUCACCAUGGAAAAGCGCAUGGCCGUUGUGAUGUGCCGGCUGGCCGUGCGCCCGGAUGCCCCCCCGCCGGAUGACUCGCCCAUCGAAGUGUGGACCUCUGGCCAGCCGGGGUCGACAUCGGCCAGUGCGACGCCAGGCUCGAGCGCCGACUCCUCCCGGUCGAGCGCCGGGCGAUCGGGCUCCCGCUCGACGCCGGCCUCCCAGAGCCGGACCCCGCCGCUGGCGCUGGCCCCGGCCGAGGAGCGCCUGCUCAACUCCGAGACCGACCUCUUCCGGUCGCCCCCCUCGCCGGUGCUGUACAUCCAGGCCUCCACGCUGGAGGACGCCCUAUCCGAGGAUGUCCUGGAGCAGGGGGCCCUGUCGCAGGCGGCCAGCACGCUGCUGACCCAGGCCCUGCAGUACUACCUGCUGGCCAGCGAGCGCGAGCAGAAGGCCCUGCCGGCCCUGCGGCAGUUGGUCCGGCGAAUUCGCCACCAAUACCUGAAGCCCUGCUGGGAUGCUUUGGAGCGGGCGAACGCCGUGUGCUCGCGGCGCGAGCGCCUCGUCGGCCGGUGUGCGGUUCUCGCCAGCGGCCUGCCCCGGCCCACGGUCCGGGAUCGCUCGGCUCGGCUCUUUGGCGAUGAGUCCCAAGCCGGCGGCUGGGCGACCGAGCGCCAGCCGGGCCUGGAGCGGCUGGAUGCCCGGCUGGCCGGAUCGCGUGCGGCCACGACGACGACGACGGCGGCGACGGCGGCGACGGCGGCGACGGUGGCCGCGCGGGCCACCCAGGGGGAAGUCUCGCCCCCGGGUGGGGCGCACCCGAUUGCCGGCGGUCGCUUCGGCGAGGGGGCCCCCUCGCCCGGCUCGUCGCCCGGGGUGCCAUCCUCCUCGCGGCCCGAAGACCCUGUCCCCACGGGCCUGCCCCCGGCGCCGCCCAUGAGCGAGUCCAGCUCCUCCACCGAGCGGUCUUCCGAUGAAAACAGCCUCGAAGCCCCCGGCGCCCAUGGUGGUGGCCCGGCUGCCCGGCCCAAAGGCCCGGCGGCCAGACAGGCGGGCCGGCCCCGAGAUCCGGAUGGUCUGCUGGAGAGCCGGCCAAAGUCCGACUCCCAGCAGGGGGAGGGGAUAUCAUCGUGCGACGCGCAGUCGCGUCUCGAGCGGUCCGGCCUCGGCUCGCGCGGUGGUGCCCAAUCAGUCACAGGUCCAGCUGGCGGCGGCGGCGGCGGCGGCGGCAACAGCAGCAGCAGCAGCCACUAUCGCCCGGGGCCGCUGGCUUCCAUGCAAAGGGCUCUGGAGCAUGAGCAGGGACUCGGUCGGUCUCGAUCAUCGUUGACUUUGCACCGGAACCGCACCGGCGAGCCGGACAAGCCGGAUGAGCCGCCGGUGGCCGCACGCAUCCGCGGGUCCCUGGCCAAGGGCUCGCGGCUGCGGCGCCUGUCGCGGCUGUCAGCCUGGGACACGGCCCCGGAGAAUGGGGGUGAGGGCCGCCAUGCCGACGAGGCGGACUCGCCGAGUUCCGGGCUCGGCUCGACCGAGCCAGGCGUGGCGGCGGUCACUUGCCGGUGCGACCCGACGGCUGCCGGGUCCGGCGUGCCACGGUGCGACAAUUGGACGGAAUUCCGCCGGCUGACGCAGAUGAUCAAUGAGGACGUCCCGAUCUUGGUGAAGGAGCUGAUCCCGGAAAUCAUGCGCCCGGCUUCGCGGAUCCUGAUCAAGGCCAUGCACGCGCACUCGGCCCGUUUGCGCACCGACUACGGGGCCAUCCUCGAGACGCUGACCCACAGCCGGGGGCUCUACUACAGCGGGGUGCCCCUGGCGGAUAUCCUUGCCGAGGAGCAUGUGGCGCCGGUGGAUUUCGGCGACCCCGAGCUCGGGAGCGCCGAGCGCCUGGACCGGCGAUCGCGUCAGAGCGAGAUGCUCCGGCGCCGGGCGGCCAACCGCCACCGGCGCCGCCCCCAGCCCGGCCGUGCAUCGGGGCCCCCCGACCGGGAGCCGCCCCCUCCCGCAGGGACCCAGCCGCCAGGGCGGCCCGGCCAGGGUGGUGACGCUUUGCCGGGUGCCGAGUCGGGGCCCAACGUCCCCGGGCCGAGCCCCGCGCCGCGCACCCUCUGGGGCCGACAGGUGGUCCGUCGACCGGCAAACCUGUUUUCCGGGCGCGCCGACAUUCACAGCGCCGGCCCGCCCACGCGCCGACGGGCCCCGGGUGACCAUGCGGUGGACAGCGUGCUCGGCCGGGUGGCCAAGAGCCUCAUUCCCGGGAGCUCCUCGGAGGAGCUGCUCACCUCGCAAAGUUCCUCCGAGCUCCCGGGCCCGAAUUGGUAUGGCGCCACCUCGGCCGAGGGCCAGUCCCCCCCGCCGGCGGGCCCGAGGGGGGCCGGCGGAUCGGGCCCGGCUUCGGGCAAGCAGGCCCGGGCCCCGGCGGCCGCCUCGACCGUGGAGGCCCCCCCCGGCGACGAUCGGCCCCACGGCCCGGCCUCCCUGUCGGGGGAGGCUCUGCCGCCGGGGCACCCGCCAGCCGCCGGUGCCGAGGCCAAUGCCCGCCAGCGCCAAAAGAGUGCCCAGUCCAGCAGGACAGCCCGCCGGGACUCCGCCGGGCGGGAGUCCGGUCCUGCCGGAAAGGGCACCAACCGGUACCUGCCGAUGUCGGCCAGCCGGUCGGACAUCAUGAACCCUCUGAGCCGGCCCGGGCACUUGGAGAAGCUCCAGCGCAACAUGAGCUUCAUCUGUGCAUGCUACCUGCGGGCCAGGCGACGGGUGGUUCGGAGCCUGGGGCCGAUGCUGCAGCAGCUGCGCAUCGUCAGCCCGGUGGCCGUGCGGAUGCUCCUGGUAAAUCAGCCCCGCCAGACCCAGGCGGCCCGGUACCAGGUCAAGUGUCGGUAUGCCAUGCUGGAGGCCGAGCGAGCUGGCGAGAGUGCCCAGUCCGCCCGGGCGGCCGCCAUAGCCAUGCGCCCGGGGGGCUUCCUCUCCUCCCAUGGGGGCCGGUCCAAGUCCACCGAGCGCCGGCUGCUGGAUGACCAGGCAGGCAUCCGCCAGCCGGGGGGGAACGCCGGCGCCGCCGGUGUCGCUGCCGCCCCCAAAGACAGCGACAGCCCUCCGCCGAGGGGGCCGACCAUGGCAGCUGCCCCAGCCGACCAGCCGACCCUGGCGGAGGAUUCCGGCACGGUCACCGGCCCGGCCACGGACACGCCGGCCCAGCCCAGCGAAGCUCCAGCCGAGGCUGGGACCUUCGCCCCGCCGGUGGCUGUGGGAGUGAGCGGGCCGCCGAUACCCACCGAGGACGCUGGCCCGGCGAUUGCCCCCCCGGCCAGCCCGGCGUCCCUGAUGGAGGCACUCCCCGAGCUGAAGAAGGGUGGCACCGAGCCGGCGGGCGCGGCCAUGUCGCCGGCACCGGCACCGGCGCCGGCCGGCGGCGACAACAUGCCGACCCCUGCCUCGUCAGAUGUCUCGCCACGACGCAGUCCCAGUUCCAUGACCUCCCUCGACAUGGUGAAGCAUGUGGAGUCUCUGACCAAUGACACACCACACGCCACCGAACCCGAAGCCAUCCUCCCCGCGGAUGAUGUGCUCUUCCGUCCGGUCGAGGGCAAGCUUCGCCUUUCCGAAUCCAACCGGAGCAGUCAAUUGUGUAACGAGUGCGAAUUCUCCCGGAGCGCCGAUAUGUUCAUGGAGAUACCGGAGCAGGCACACACCGCGGGCCCGGCCGACGGGGAGGCGCGCCACCGGUCGGCCGGGUCCAGCCCCUCGCAUGUGUUCCCGAAGACCGGGAACAUGGUGCGACCGGCCUCGGCAUGCCAGCACGAUCGCGCCCUGGCCCCGGUGUCCAUGGGCCCCGGCGUACCCCCCUCGACCCCGGUGGGCAUGAAGCACGGUGCUCCCCCCCGUGAGGAGGUCCCGACCGAGGUGAUCUUCUCGCCCCUGCAGCCCACCCUGGAUCCCUUCCACGAGAGGGACGACGAUCGAGCAAGUCUGCUGUCGAAGCGACGGCGCCGGGCCCUCCUCCUGCGGUCACAGAGCUGGCCCUCGCUACUGACCCAGGCAGCCAAGCGGCAGAUGGACACGGCUCCCGGGGGGCUUGUCGGGGUCGCUGGCUGGCUGCAGUGUCGGUCGGAGCCCUGGCGUGCCACCUCCAGCCACGGUGCCACCCCGCCUGGGGUGUCACCCCCGGGGGCCACUCCACCCCCCCCCUCGGCCGAUGCAGGGCAGACGCCCCUCACCCGGCACAUGGAUGGCCGCCUGGGGCCUGUGCCUCUGGGCACGCGUCCGGCCGGGCCCUUCCUGGUUCUUGGUUCCGCGGACAGUAUCACCCAGAGACCCAUCAUCAAGGUGCGGGUGAACGCCCCGGACCUGGCGAGGGCCGAGAGCAUGGCAGCGCCCGAGUCCACGGGCGGUGCCUGGUGGCAGGGCGCCAUCGCCACCGGGCUCGAGCGCGAGUGGUCCGGCCCGCAUGCCGUCGCUGACGCCCUGCCCGGCGGCCAGCCGGGCCCCUCCCUCCCCCGGGCGGAGGGGGCAUCCUCCGGGGACUUCUUGCUCUCCUGCCAGGAGGUCGCCGCGGCCCUGGUGUCGCGCGCAGUCAUGGUCGCCUCCAAGAGCAUCGCUCGGGGGAUCUGGACCCGCGAGCCGAGUCCCAACCCGGUGGGCGGCUGCUUCUCCACGGUGUGCAAGCAACGCGCCCAAUGCCACCCCAGCAGUAUGUCCAGCCGCCAGCCCUCGUUCACGGACAAGCCGGCGUUCGCGGCCGGCGGCGCCGGCUUGCUUCAGGACUUCCGCGUUCUUCAUGGGCAUGGCGCCGGCCUCGGAAAGGAGCCGGCCCUCCAUGCGGCCCCGGGCGCCGGGCUACUGCCCGCCGCGCCGGCGGUCGCGUCCUUUGCCCAGCUGGUCAGCGACCUCGGAUCCCCCAUGCCACGCCUGUCGGCCGUGCUGGUGACCUACCCGCCGCCUGAGGGCGGGCUUCCCGAAGGGCGAGUCGGCCCCGGGCGGGGGGGAGUAGCCGAUGGGGGGCCGGUGGCAGCCGAUGAUGAAGCGGGCCUCGCAUGA